GUUCAUCGAUCUAUCGCCCUUCUGACCUUCUAAACCACCUAAUUGAACAAUCACCAUGGCUAGCGGCGCAGAUGUCAAGCUCGAGUUCGAUCCCAAGAACAUGCCUUUCCGCCGUCUCGGACCGAGUGGCCUGCGUGUUCCUCUCUUCUCUCUCGGUGGAUGGUUGACCCUUGGUGGAACCGUUGUCGGCGACCCCGUUAAGGAUAUCAUCAAGACCGCGUUCGAGAAUGGAAUCAAUAUGUUCGAUACCGCAGAGGUGUACGCCAAUGGCAAAUCUGAGGAAGAAAUGGGACGCGUUAUUAAGGAACUCGGAUUGAGGCGUACCGAUCUUAUCAUCACUACCAAGAUCUUCUGGGGAGUGAGGAAGGGACCCAACCAGAGCGGUCUCUCGAGGAAGCAUAUUAUCGAAGGAACUAAAGAAUCCCUCGAGCGCUUGCAGUUGGACUAUGUCGAUGUCAUCUUCGCCCACAGACAUGACGACAGCGUCCCCAUGGAGGAGAUCGUUCGCGCUUUCAACUAUGUCAUUGAGAAGGGUUGGGCGUUCUACUGGGGAACUUCUGAAUGGAGUGCUCAGAGGAUCGAAGAGGCUUAUCACGUCGCCAGCAAACUCAACUUGAUCCCGCCCAUUGCUGAGCAAUGCCAGCACCACAUGUUGCACCGCGAACGCCCCGAGAAGGAGUACAAGCCCCUGUACGAGAAAUACGGUAUCUCGACUACCACCUGGUCUUCACUCGCCAGCGGACUCUUGACCGGCAAGUACAACGAAGGCAUCCCCGAUAAAUCCCGCUUCUCCAGCCACUCCGACUUUUUCAAGAACACCAUCAAAGAACUCGAAACGCCCGAAGGCAAAGAAAAGAUCCGCAAAGUCCGCGAGCUCACCAAACUCGCUCAAGAAGAGCUCCAAACGACGCCUGCUGCCCUCGCUCUGGCUUGGGUCGCCAGGAACCCCAACACCGGUACCGUUAUUCUGGGAGCAUCCUCGCCUGAGCAGGUGGUGGAGAACUUGAAGGCGUUGGAGGUGUUGCCCAAGUUGACGCCGGAGAUUUUGGAGAAGAUUGAGAAGAUUUUGGAUAAUAAGCCGGAGGAGUGGCCUACUUAUGGUCGACCUGCUUUGGAUGCUUAUGGAAGGCGUUAAAAGUUAAAAUGCCGCCGGAUUGGUGGUAUUGGGGUGUAGAAGUAGAUUAUAAACGUGUAGAACUAGAAGCAAAUGAAGACUAGCUGUCGCUGUA